AUGUCGAGAUCCUUCACGGGCUGCAAAAGAUGUAAAUCCCGCCGACAAAAAUGUGACGAGCAACGGCCAAAUUGCGGGCGGUGCCAGACCGCAGGCGAACAGUGCCAAUAUGCAAUGCAACUGCAGUGGGGUGGGCGGGCAUUCUCACGAUCGCGAUUUGGUGCCUGCGUCGGCACCGGGGGAAUGCAAAGACUAGAAUACUCUCCCGGGGAGUUCAUUUACACCACCAAGGCCAAGGCAGCGCAGUCGGGGUCAGAACUGACUCUAUCGCAACCCGUCGAUCCUUUUUCCUCCUUAUCCUCCGAUCAAAAGGCCCUACUACACCACUUUAUAAACGAUGCCUCCCAGAUUACCGCAUGCCAUUCGGGCAUGCAGCAGGAUAUAUGCCGCAUGCUAGUCCCCAUGGCUCUCCAGACUCCCUCAUUACUCUACGCCACCACUGCGCUCUCCGCAAUUCACAUUCAAGCCCUACACAAUCAGUCAGAAAGCGUGAAAUCAGCACCGGAUAUUGCCCGACUGAUGGCUCUCAGCCUCGAGCAUUUCCGCACGGAACUACAAAACCCCUCGUCCAAAGAUUCAGAGGCCCUGGUGGCGACUGCGCGAACAUUAUGUCUCGCGGAGAUCCAUUCGGGGGCUAUCAAUCCAAACUCGUGGAGGGCGCAUAUUGACGGAGCGAGGGCGUUAAUGAGGGCAUCCGAUUCAACCGGGGAAGACUCACUACGGUCUACGACCGGUUUCCGUCGAUACCUAGACCGCUGGUAUUGGUCGAUUGUAUCGCUCACUGCCUUAACAGGGAAUGGUCCUCCGAUUGGAGAGACCUCAGAUUUUGUGUCUUCUGAUCUGAUGGGCAUGGGCGGGUCCCCAGACUACCUGGACGACUAUUGGGGCUUCAGUGUUGAUCUCGCAGCCGUGUUCCGGCAGAUCGGGGCUGUCGCCUGGCGCAAUCAUGAAGCCGAGAAGGAUUCCGGGGGCUUUGUGGCGGGAGAAAUUGACAGCAAUGUUAAUGAUGAUGCUGAAGCGCUGGAGCUCGCAAUCCGAGGGCUCAUGAGUCGCGAUUCCAACUCACAACCUUCAUUCUACCCUGGAGCUGCCCAAAGCUUAUCGGCGGAAAGCGCGCAGCAGCUUCUACUGUGCAAUGAGGCUUUCCAGCAUAGCGCUCUCAUCCAAAUACAUCGUCGUUUGCGAAAAACGCCGACCACUUCACCGGAGGUACAGCAGUCAGUGCAGCGAAUUUUGGAAUGCACUGCGCAAAUUGGCCCUUCGUCAGGCCUCACGCCGUGGGUGAUGUUGACGACGCCGAUUUUCAUUGCCGGCUGCGAAGCACGCGGCGCAGAUAGAGAUAAAGUCAGGCAACUGCUAUCAUCUUUACAUGAUACCAUUCGCGUCCCGAAUGUCCUGCAGUCGCUCAGGUUCCUCGAGCAGUAUUGGUCAAAUCAGCUCAGCGAGGAAGAAGAUUGGAGUCAUUUCCUUGACCGAAUGCAAUUCGACUUUAUUCCUUACUAG